GUUUAGGUUGUUUGGCGAAUUGCUCAUUGCGCCGCUGUCGAACCGCUGCCUACUUAAGGAACAUUUCGUUCGAGACGAGCCGCGCUCAUCCGGGCGCCCGCAACCAUGGCUCCACGGGCUGAAGGCAGCCACCUCAAGCGAAGUCGCGUCUCUGGCUCGCCGACCGAUGAACAAGACUCCCAAAAGAAGCCGCGCCGCUCCCAGCGUCUAUCCCAACGAGCCGACCGGGACGUGCUCAAAACCCCCGUUCAGAAUAAAAACCAGCUCCCCUCGCCGGUGACGAACCUUGCCAGCGAGAACACCACCGAAUACGACAAGGAGGUCACUGCGACGCCUCCACAAGAGCGCCCGAGCCAGGCCGCCGCCCGACGAGCCGACGACGCCCACUCGCAGGGGCUCGCGUUCAGCUCUCCGCCCCAGGACACCCAGGCCUUCAGCCAACAAGACUUUGAUCCCAACGCCCCGCUAGUCGAAGGCGUUGACGAGGUCAAGGAAGGCGUCUGGGGCUAUCUUCUCCCGCUCGACAACCUCUUCCUCCGAGGGCCUUACGUGUUCAAGAACAAAGAGACAUGCACAUCUCCUGCAGCUCCUGCAGAGCCUGCCGCGGCCGCGGUGACGAAAAGGGGUAGCAGAAAGAAGCAGGCAACCCCGGCCAAGCAGCAGGAUCAGAAUGACAACUCUCCGACUGCCGGAGGGCAUCUCCUCGGGCGGCACCCGACAUGCGACAUCAUUGUAAACGAUGGAGAGGUGUCGAAUCGCCACUGCCUGUUCUUCGUAGAGAACAAGAGAGAUGAAAAGGUGGUCGUGCUUACCGACCUCUCAAGAAACGGGACCUAUGUCAACGGCGCCCGUCUGCAGCGGAAUGAUCGGCGGGAGCUGCGCGAGGGUGACGAGAUCAGCGUCACGAGCGCGAGCGCCGGCUUUAUCUUCCGGUACCCCAAGUCCCGCCGCGGAAAGCCUUUUGCGCAGCAGUACACGUUGAGGCAUGAGUUGGGCAGCGGGCACUUUGCGCAGGUCUUCCUGUGCUGCGAAAAGUCGACAGGUGACUGCUACGCCGUCAAGAGGUUCACCAAGAGGCCCGACGGGGAGGAGAAAUCCAAAUACGACGGGCUGCACCAGGAAGUCGCCAUGCUCAUGGGCCUCAGCCACCCCAACAUCCUAUGCCUCAAGGAGACAUUCAACGAACCUGAGGCCGUCUACGUUGUGCUGGAACUGGCCCCCAACGGAGAGCUGUUCCACUACAUCACGGUGCAUACAAAGCUGACUGAGGCCGAAACCCGCAAGGUGUUCAUUCAGCUUUUUGACGGCAUCAAGUAUCUGCAUGACCGCGACAUGGUGCACCGGGAUAUCAAGCCGGAGAACAUUCUCCUCAUGGACAACGAUCUAACGGUCAAAAUUGGCGAUUUCGGUCUCGCCAAGAUUGUGGGGGAGGCGUCCUUCACGACGACUCUUUGCGGCACGCCCAGCUAUGUGGCACCCGAAAUCCUUGCUAACAGCAAGUCCCGCAAGUACACCAAGGCGGUCGACAUAUGGUCGCUGGGCGUAGUCCUCUACAUCUGCCUUUGCGGUUUCCCUCCCUUUUCUGACGAACUGAGGGCGCCCGACUUUCCCUACGACUUGGGGGACCAAAUCCGAAAAGGGCUGUACCAUUACCCCUCGCCGUAUUGGGACCCGGUGAGCGAUCUAGCUCUGGAUCUCAUUGACAACAUGCUCGUCGUUAACCCCGAGCACCGCUACACCGUUGACCAGUGCCUCAUGCACCCUUGGAUUACGCAAAAGCCUCCGGGGGUCAAUGACAGCACUAACGGGCUCGUGUCGGGGCUCGCGGGUCUGGAUGUGAGCCGCCGGACGCCUUUCAGGGAACGCACAUUGAUCAGUUCCAUCAACACGUGCGUUGUCACAGACCGCGUGCCGGCGGGCGCCGGUCGGCCUGAUGUCAAGGUGUAUUCCAAAAAUCCCAAGGGCCCGACGGCCGCGCCGCCAACGGCCCGGCGCGAGCCGCGGCCGGAUGACAAUCGCGACCCGGCCGAGUUCAUCAAGAUGGGCGGCAAGGGCGACCAGGAGUUGUACGACAAUGAUGAUGGAAGUCGAUAUCUGUGAAGGGCGUUUACAAUUGCUGAGGUGGCUCAACGCGGGGGUCUGGCAAACAGGACAGGAAUGCGGAGGACAUAUGCGCCGCCGACGAUUGGAAACUGUGGUGUUGU